AUGGCACAACAAGACAUCAAAAUCGAGAGGCCCCGGACCGACCCUGGGCUGCCUGAGGCCCCGUGGGUCCUGGCACGUUCCACGCAUGUGUUGGGCUCCUGGCUCUCCGUUAGGACUAGCGAGGCUCCAUCUGGACUGGAGAGGGUGGCCAGAUUGGUUCGGGGUGCGGGCACUGCCGGAGUGGCACACCCUGAAAGCCGGUCCCUGGCCGUGCUGGCCCCCCUGCAGGACGUGGACGUGGGGGCUGGGGAGAUGGUGCUGUUUGAGUGCCUGGUGGCAGGCCCCGCCGACGUGGAGGUGGACUGGCUGUGCCGUGGUCGCCUGCUGCAGCCCGCGCUGCUCAAAUGCAAGAUGCAUUUUGACGGCCGGAAGUGCAAGCUGCUACUCACCUCGGUGCAUGAGGACGACAGUGGCGUCUACACCUGCAAGCUGAGCACGGCCAAAGAUGAGCUGACGUGCAGUGCCCGGCUGACGGUGCGGCCCUCGCUGGCACCCCUGUUCACAAGGCUGCUGGAGGACAUGGAGGUGCUGGAGGGGCGCGCGGCCCACUUCGACUGCAAGAUCAGUGGUACCCCACCCCCCUCCGUCUCCUGGACUCACUUUGGCCGCCCUGUGGAGGAGAGUGAGAACCUGCGGCUGAAACAGGAUGGGGGUCUCCACUCACUGCACAUCACUCAUGUGGGCAGUGAGGACGAGGGGCUCUAUGUGGUCAGUGCCACCAACACCCACGGCCAGGCUCACUGCUCGGCCCAGCUCUACGUGGAGGAGCCCAGGACAGCCGCCUCCGGCCCCAGCUCAAAGCUGGAGAAGAUGCCGUCCAUCCCUGAGGAGCCGGAGCAGGGCGAGCUGGAGCGGUUGUCCAUGCCCGACUUCCUGCGGCCCUUGCAAGACCUGGAGGUGGGACUGGCCAAGGAGGCCCUGCUGGAGUGCCAGGUGACCGGGCUGCCCUACCCUACCAUCAGCUGGUUCCACAACGGCCAUCGAAUCCAGAGCAGUGAGGACCGGCGCAUGACACAGUCCAGGGAUCCCAUAGGGGCUGAGAUCACUACCUUCCUCCUCCAGCGACAUAGCUCGCAUCUGCAGAGGGAGGACCAGAGCCUUGCUGGCACCCUUGCUGGCACCAGACGGAUACAUUCAUCCACAUCUGCCCUUGACAGUGUAGAGGUGCCAUUGGCAGAGGGCUUCUAUAGGGAGCUGACUGGAGACAGGGAUGUACAUCGCUUGGUGUUCCCUGCCGUGGGACCCCAGCAUGCCGGCGUCUACAAGAGCGUCAUUGCCAACAAGCUGGGUAAAGCUGCCUGCUAUGCCCACCUCUACGUCACAGAUGUGGUUCCAGGCCCUCCUGACGGUGCCCCGCAGACGGUGGCUGUGACUGGAAGGAUGAUCACACUCACGUGGAACCCCCCGAGGAGUCUGGACAUGGCCAUCGACCCGGACUCCCUGACGUACACGGUGCAGCACCAGGUGCUGGGCUCGGACCAGUGGACAGCACUCGCCACGGGCCUGCGGGAGCCGGGAUGGGCAGCCACAGGGCUGCGUAAGGGCGUCCAGCAUGUCUUCCGGGUCCUCAGCACCAGCGGCAAGAGCAGCAGCAAGCCUUCGCCCCCCUCUGAGCCUGUGCAGCUGCUGGAGCGGGGCCCCCCCCUGGAGGAGGCCCCCACCGUGCUGGACAAGCCGGACGUUGUGUAUGUGGUGGAGGGGCAGCCUGCCACCGUCACCAUCACCUUCAACCACGUGGAGGCCCAGGUCGUCUGGAGGAGCCGCCGAGGGGCCCUCCUGGAGGCACGGGCAGGUGUGUACGAGCUGAGCCAGCCCGACGAUGAUCAGUACCGUCUCCGGAUCUGCCGGGUGAGCCGCCGGGACGUGGGGCCCCUUACCUGCACAGCACGAAAUCGCCAUGGCACGCAGGCCUGUUCCGUCACCCUGGAGCUGGCAGAGGCUCCUCGGUUUGAGUCCAUCAUGGAGGAUGUGGAGGUGGGGGCUGGGGAGACGGCUCGCUUUGCUGUGGUGGUUGAAGGGAAACCCCUGCCAGACGUCAUGUGGUACAAGGACGAGGCCCUGCUGGCGGAGAGCAGCCACGUGAGCUUCGUGUAUGAGGAGAAUGAGUGCUCCCUGGUGGUGCUCAGCGCCGGGGCCCAGGACGGCGGCGUCUACACCUGCACUGCCCGCAACCUGGCGGGUGAGGUCUCCUGCAAGGCGGAGUUGGCCGUGUGCCCAGUUCCGACAGCUAUGGAGGUUGAAGGGGCCGGGGAAGAUGAGGAGCAGCGGGGUAGGAGACUCAGUGACUUCUAUGACAUCCACCAGGAGAUUGGCAGGGGUGCCUUCUCCUACCUACGCCGGGUGGUCGAGCGCAGCUCUGGCCUGGAGUUUGCGGCCAAGUUCAUCCCCAGCCAGGCCAAGCCGAAGGCGUCGUCGCGGCGGGAGGCCCGGCUGCUGGCCCAGUUGCAGCAUGACUGUGUCAUCUACUUCCACGAGGCCUUUGAGAGGCGCCGAGGACUGGUCAUCGUCACCGAGCUCUGCACAGAGGAGCUGCUGGAGCGAAUGGCCCGGAAAUCCACCGUGUGUGAGUCUGAGAUCCGGACCUACAUGCGGCAGGUGCUGGAGGGCAUAUGUUACCUGCACCAAAGCCAUGUGCUGCACCUGGAUGUCAAGCCCGAGAACCUGCUGAUCUGGGACGGUGCUGAGGGUGAGGAGCAGGUGCGCAUCUGUGACUUUGGGAACGCCCAGGAGCUGACUCCGGGAGAGCCCCAGUAUUGCCAGUAUGGCACACCUGAGUUUGUGGCACCCGAGAUUGUCAACCAGACCCCCGUGUCCGGAGUCACUGACAUCUGGCCUGUGGGCGUCGUGGCCUUCCUCUGCCUGACCGGCAUCUCCCCAUUUGUUGGGGAGAACGAUCGGACCACGUUGAUGAACAUCCGGAACUACAACGUGGCCUUUGAGGAGACAACAUUCCUGAGCCUGAGCAGGGAGGCCCGGGGCUUCCUCAUCAAAGUGCUGGUGCAGGAUCGGCUGAGGCCUACUGCAGAAGAGACCCUAGAACACCCUUGGUUCAAAACACAGGCAAAGGGCGCAGAAGUGAGCACGGAUCACCUGAAGCUGUUCCUCUCCCGGCGCAGGUGGCAGGCCUUCUCCUACGGGGCUAGGUCGUCUGGGGUGGGCCUGGAUGGAUCAGUCCUGCCCCGGGGGCCCUUGGGCCUGACUCUAGUAUCCUUCCUCCAGCGCUCCCAGAUCAGCUACAAGUGCCAUCUGGUCCUGCGCCCCAUCCCUGAGCUGCUGCGGGCCCCACCAGAGAGGGUCUGGGUGGCCGUGCCCAGACGCCCACCCCCCAGUGGUGGGCUCUCGUCCUCCUCAGACUCGGAAGAGGAAGAACUGGAGGAGCUGCCCUCGGUGCCCCGUCCCCUACAACCCGAAUUCUCUGGCUCGAGGGUGUCCCUCACUGACAUUCCCACUGAGGAUGAGGCGCUAGGGACCCCAGAGGCAGGGACUGCCACCCCCAUGGACUGGCAGGAGCAGGGGAAGGCCCCCUCUGAGGACCAGGAGACCUCCAGCCCCCAGGUGCUCCCCUCCCCAGGCCAGGAGGCCCCCGCUGGGCCCAGCCUUCGGCGUGGUGAGCUCCGGAGGGGCAGCUCCGCAGAGAGCGCCCUGCCCCGGGCCGCGUCGCGGGAACCGGGCCGGGGCCUGCACAAGGCAGCGUCCGUGGAGCUGCCGCAGCGCCGAAGCCCCAGCCCGGGGGCCGCGCGCCUGGCCCGGGGUGGCCUCGGGGAGGGCGAGUAUGCCCAGAGGCUGCAGGCCCUGCGUCAGAGGCUGCUGCGGGGAGCCCCUGAGGACGGCAAGGUCAGCGGCCUCAGGGGCCCCCUGCUAGAGAGCCUGGGGGGCCGCGCCCGGGACCCCCGCCUGGCACGCGCAGCCUCCAGCGAGGCAGCGCCGCACCACCAGCCCCCACCCGAGGCACGAGGCUUGCAGAAGAGCAGCAGCUUCUCCCAGGGCGAGGCGGAGCCCCGGGGCCGGCAUCGCCGCGCAGGGGCGCCCCUGGAGAUCCCCGUGGCCCGCCUUGGGGCCCGCAAGCUGCAGGAGUCGCCCUCCCUGUCUGCUCUCAGCGAGGCCCAGCCCCCUAGCCCCGCCAAACCCAGUGCCCCCAAGGCGGCAGAAUCCCCUGCCUCCACGCCCAGUGACGCCCCACAGCCCUUGGAACCCCAGCCGGCCCAAGAGAGAGUCCCUGAGCCCGCGCCUCAACGAGUCCCAGCGCCUAGGCCUGCACAGCCCCCCACGAUCCUGCUGAGUCCAGCGCCGCCCCUCACGCCCUACGCCCAGAUCAUGCAGACCCUUCAGGUGCCAGGCCACGCCCAGGUCCCCCCACAGGAGCCCAAACCCCACGCCGCUGUGUUUGCCAGGGUGGCCUCCCCACCCCCUGGAGCCCCCGAGAAGCGCGUACCAUCAGCCGGGGUGUCCCCAAGGGCGGCCGAGAAAGUCCGGGUGCCCACAGUGCCCCCCAGGCCAGGCAGUAGCCUCAGCAGCAGCAUCGAGAACCUGGAGUCAGAGGCUGUAUUCGAGGCCAAGUUCAAGCGCAGCCGCGAGUCUCCCCUGUCGCGGGGCCUGCGGCUGCUGAGCCGCUCGCGCUCCGAGGAGCGGGGCCCCUUCCGCGGGGCCGAGGAGGAGGACGGCAUAUACCGGCCCAGCCCCGCGGGGACCCCGCUGGAGCUCGUGCGACGCCAGGAGCGCUCACGCUCGGUGCAGGACCUCAGAGCUGCUGGCGAGCCCGGCCUCGUGCGCCGCCUGUCGCUGUCGCUGUCGCUGUCCCAGCGGCUGCGGCGGACCCCGCCCGCGCAGCGGCACCCGGCCUGGGAGAGCCGCGGAGGGGACGGCGAGAGCUCGGAGGGCGGCAGCUCGGCGCGCGGGUCCCCAGUGCUCACGGUGCGCAGGCGGCUCAGCUCCACCUUCGAGCGGCUGUCGAGCCGGUUGCAGCGCAGCGGCAGCAGCGAGGACUCAGGCGGCGGGUCGGGACGCAGCACCCCACUGUUCGGACGGUUGCGCAGGGCCACGUCGGAGGGCGAGAGUCUGCGGCGCCUGGGCCUCCCGCACAACCAGCUGGCCGCCCAGGCCGGCGCCACCACGCCAUCCGCAGAGUCCCUGGGCUCGGAGGCCAGCGCCACAUCGGGCUCUUCUGCCCCGGGGGAAGGCAAGAGCCGGCUCCGCUGGGGCCUCUCGAGGCUGCGGAAGGGUAAAGGUCAAUCCCAACCGAACCUUUCGGCCAGCGUCCAGGAGGACUUGGGUCAGCAGUAUGUGCGCAGUGAGUCAGACUUCCCCCCGGUCUUCCACAUCAAGCUCAAGGACCAGGUGCUGUUGGAAGGAGAAGCAGCCACUCUGCUCUGCCUGCCGGCGGCCUGCCCUGCACCCCACAUCUCCUGGAUGAAAGACAAGAAGUCCCUGAAGUCUGAGCCCUCGGUGGUCAUCGUGUCCUGCAAAGACGGACGACAGCUGCUGAGCAUCCCCCGGGCCGGCAAGAGGCACGCAGGGCUCUACGAGUGCUCGGCCACCAACGUGCUGGGCAGCAUCACCAGCUCCUGUACCGUGGCCGUGGCCCGUGUCCCAGGGAAGCUUGUGCCUCCCGAGGUACCCCAGACCUAUCAGGACACGGCGCUGGUCCUGUGGAAGCCGGGGGACAGCCGGGCGCCCUGCACGUACACGCUGGAGCGGCGCGUAGAAGGGGAGUCGACCUGGCACCCCGUGAGCUCGGGCAUCCCUGACUGUUACUACAACGUGACCCAGCUGCCCAUUGGCGUGCCUGUCAGGUUCCGUGUGGCCUGUGCCAACCGUGCAGGGCAGGGGCCCUUCAGCAACCCUUCUGAGAAAGUCCUUAUCAGGGUCACACAAGCACCCCCUAGCCAGGCCUUGUCCUCACUCAAGGCCGUGGGUCCACCACCCCAAACUCCACCACGAAAGCACAGGGGUCUGCUGGCUGCUCGGCCGGGAGAGCCCACGCCACCCAAUGGCCAGGUCCCGCCUGCCCCUGAGCCCCCAGCCCCCGAACCCCCUCCAGAGCCCACCAAGGUGACUGUGAGGAGCUUCAGCCCGGCCAAGGAGGUGGUCACGUCCUCUGGGCCAGAGAACACCACGCUUCGACAGGGGCCCCCUCAGAAACCCUACACCUUCCUUGAGGAGAAGGCCAGGGGCCGCUUUGGUGUAGUGCGUGCGUGCCGGGAGAACACGACGGGCCGGACGUUUGUCGCUAAGAUUGUGCCCUACGCGGCCGAGGGCAAGCAGCGGGUCCUGCAGGAGUACGAGGUGCUGCGGACCCUGCACCACGAGCGGCUCAUGGCCCUGCACGAGGCCUACAUCACCCCACGCUACCUCGUGCUCAUCACCGAGAGCUGUGGCAACCGGGAGCUGCUUUGUGGGCUCAGCGACAGGUUCCGGUACUCUGAGGAUGACGUGGCCACCUACGUGGUGCAGCUGCUUCAAGGCCUGGAGUACCUCCACGGCCACCACGUGCUGCACUUGGACAUCAAGCCGGACAACCUGCUGCUGGCCCCUGACAACGCCCUCAAGAUCGUGGACUUCGGCAGUGCGCAGCCCUACAACCCCCAGGCCCUGCGGCCCCUGGGCCACCGCACUGGCACGCUGGAGUUCAUGGAAAGCCAGGUCAGCUUGGCCUCUUGUUCCCUGUCAGCUCCUGAGAUGGUGAAAGGAGAACCCAUCGGCUCUGCCACGGACAUCUGGGGAGCAGGGGUGCUCACCUACAUCAUGCUCAGCGGACGCUCCCCGUUCUAUGAACCAGAACCCCAGGAAACAGAGGCUCGGAUUGUAGGGGGCCGUUUUGAUGCCUUCCAGCUGUACCCCAACACCUCCCAGAGCGCCACCCUCUUCCUGAGAAAGGUCCUCUCAGUGCAUCCCUGGAGCCGGCCCUCCCUACAGGACUGCCUGGCCCACCCGUGGCUGCAGGAUGCCUACCUGAUGAAGUUGCGUCGCCAGACGCUCACCUUCACCACCAACCGGCUCAAGGAGUUCCUGGGCGAGCAGCGACGCCGCAGGGCCGAGGCCGCCACCCGCCACAAGGUGCUGCUCCGCUCCUACCCUGGCAGCUCCUAG